AUGGACCAUAGAGUUCUGUUUUGUUUUACUGUCGCUUUUGCUAGUUUUGUGCUAGCUUCCCGUAAGCAAAAAGAAGAACAACCCAAUGAACACUAUUACGAUGAUUAUUAUGAUUAUACAUAUGAUGAUAGAGUAUCAGACAAAGAAAACGUAGUUAAAACAUUACAGAAUUAUAACAUAACUACAAGUACUUCAAAACCUGCAACUUAUGAAGUUACAGAGAUUGUAGUUGACAUACCAAAUACAAGUACUAAAAUCGGUCCUGUAAUUAGUAAUUACACUACACCCAGACCAUUAAAUAACGCAAGUGUAUCAGAUAAUAAUGUUCCAAACACCACUGGGACCCCUGCAAGUUUCAAUAACAAUAAUAAACCUAAUAAUGGUUUUAUUGAGGAAGCUACUUUUAAUAAUGACAAUGAAUCUGUCGCAAAAGCAAAGAAAAACUAUUUUAGUAUACUUCACAUCAAAGCCGAGUACGACAACACACCAAAUAUUCCUUUAAACUCUGGCUUCUAUAACAAUGUUUAUCAUAAACCUGGAUUCAAAGAUUACAUACUUAAUAUAAAAAAGGGCAUUGUUAAUGGAUUCCACCGAUUAUUUAACAGAAAACAUGGACAUGAUGAGACACACGAAUUUAGUACAGAAGGUGACCACGAAACAGUUGUACAUAAGUUUUUCGCAAAAAGUUCCGAAAAUUUCAAACCUAUAGUCAGACAUGAUGUAGAUGAUGAGUAUGACUGA